GCUGCAGCAGCUGGUCUAAAUCCUGAUAUCCUAGUGAUGCACGAUGCCAAUUGUUGAUAAGCUAAAGGAAGCUCUGAAACCUGGUCGGAAGGAUUCAACAGAUGAUGGCGAUCUGGGGAAGCUCUUGGCUUCUUCUGCCAAAAAAGUCCUCCUACAGAAGAUAGAAUUUGAGCCUGCAAGCAAGAGCUUCUCUUACCAAUUAGAGUCCUUAAAGAGCAAAUAUGUGCUGCUGAACCCCAGAAUAGAAAGUAUUGGUCGCCACAAGAGUUGUGAUGAGGCACAGAUCAGGAGACAGGGCAGUGAUCAUGUGUUUGAAAGCUGUAGUGAUGGUGUUCCAGCCCCACAGAAAGUUCUCUUCCCUAUGGAUCGACUAUCUUUGAAGUGGGAGCGCAUUUACCGAGUUGGAGCAGGUCUCCAUAAUUUAGGCAACACCUGUUUCUUGAACUCCACCAUACAGUGUUUGACCUACACACCCCCUCUAGCUAAUUACUUGCUUUCUAAGGAACAUACUCGGAACUGUCACCAAGGAGGUUUUUGUAUGCUGUGUGUUAUGCAGAAUCACAUGAUCCAGGCCUUUGCCAAUAGUGGCAAUGCUAUCAAGCCAGUCUCCUUUAUCCGAGACCUGAAAAAAAUUGCUAGGCACUUCCGCUUUGGAAACCAGGAAGAUGCACAUGAAUUUCUUCGGUACAUUAUUGAUGCUAUGCAAAAGGCCUGCUUGAAUGGCUAUACAAAAUUAGAUCGCCAGACACAGGCAACUACUUUAGUCCAUCAAAUUUUUGGAGGUUACCUGAGAUCUCGUGUUAAGUGCUCAGUAUGUAAAAGCGUCUCUGACACCUACGACCCCUAUUUGGAUGUUGCACUGGAGAUCAGGCAAGCUGCAAAUAUUGUACGUGCCUUGGAGCUGUUUGUAAAACCAGAUGUCUUGAGUGGAGAGAAUGCUUACAUGUGUGCUAAGUAA